AUGCCGUCUAUCUCGUUGAAAAAGCCGACUGUUACAUACGCAAAAAAUGGUGUCGGCUCUUAUGUACUACAAUGUCGAAAAAUGGUUUUUCAUUAUUGUGAAAGGGGUGGGAGUAGUCGUGGAAUGAUUGAAUACUUGAAAAAAGAUCUAAUUCCAUUCGCGAAAGCAAACCCAGAAGUCGAGAUCAUGGUAAAGCCUCGACCAUCUAGACAUCCGUGUAUUCGUGGAUGGUAUUUAAAUGGCCGCGACAAAGUGAUUUGCGUUCGAAAAAUGAAAGCAUCAGAAAUUGGCAAAGUAGCCGAAUACAUUCGCGAUCAUAGUGGUCAGAAAGCUACUACUCGAUUCAAGAAACCGGUUAUUUCCACGACUGAGAGUGUUCGUGGUAUCUGGAGUGCUUUUCAUACGCAAAAACACGUUAUUUGA